AUGUCACUCACUGUAUGAUGUCACUCACUGUAUAUAUUAUUGGGCCUUAGUUUUCAUUUUAGUGCCUCAGCAAGAGAACAUGUGCAUUGCAUGGCAUCAAUUUCUUGUCUAAAACUUGCUGCUACUAUUGGAUUUUGGAACAGUUGAACAAUUAUGUCUGAUGUUCGUGCACUACCCCCUCCUUAUCCAACCAUUGUAAACGAGAAUGAGCGUGCAGUUGCUGUUCGUAAUGCUCCUGGUCCCAUUGUGGUACCUAUCAAUAAUCAAGCUACUCGGCUUGGUAACGAAAAAAGCGCUAUACCUCCUUCUUUUGCAGCAGCUCCGAGUGCAAAUGCACCACAGUCUCAUGCUUUUGCAGUUGGUGAACAAGUGUCUCAAAAACAAAAUGUGAAGAGCCAAACCAAAGUUGAAAAAGUUGGUGGUGCUAUUUGUAUCGAAAAGGUUGAUGAAGUUACUACAGAGAAAUUGCGUGAACGUUCUAUAGUUGGUAUGAGCAGUGAGGGACACAUGGUGAUAAUUCACCGUACAGAGAAAGAAGUAGAAAAAUUUACUGUAAUUAGACGAGAGUUAGUUUUGGAAGCUAACAACAGUAGACCCUCAGCAAUUAAGAACGAACAAGAUGAGGAUGACGCAGCAAAUGCCACUUGCGGGGAAAAAGCCAUCGAAAUUUGCUGCCAAUCGCUUGUCUGCCAUUUUGAAAACCCAUUCAAAAAUGCUGACAACAUAGUUGAAAAGAAACAGCUGAUGAAUACUACUAGACGCCGCGGCCGUGCAAAGGGGUGGACAAUUUUCAAAGGAAUUGUAUUUCCACUUGUUAGUGAUGUCUCUCGUGAUUUCUGGGUCUUCUUCCAACUUUUGUUUGUUCUGGCAAUGCUUAGUAUGUCGAUCUCAACCUUUGUACUGGCUGGAAAGAACUACAAAAUAUUUCACGUCAUCCAUUUGGCCUUCUCGUCUCUUGCUGCCUUUCUGGCAAUUAUUGAUUGCAUCAUUAGCUACACUCAAUGCAGUGCCUGUAAGGCAUGUAGGACAUGUUGCAAGAAAAAACUUGGCAGGGAAAAUUCAGAAGACUUUCAAGUGUUUUUGGAAGACAAUAAAGGGUGUCGCAAAUGUUUUUUGGCUUCUCGAAGUUCUCUUGACGUAAUUCGCUUGAUUUCUACUGAAUUCAUUAUUGUUCUGAUCCUGUUUUGCGAUAUGUUUGAAGUAGCUACAGGGAAAGGAUUCAACAGCCCUGAAACUUACCAUCAAAUUGGCUUUGCACUGAUUGUGUACGAUAGUAUCGGUCUGAUUUUCUUUGUCUUUUUUAUCCGAUUGGUAAUAUUGGGACGAAUGAUUUGCAAUGAACAACGAGCUCACCCUACAAAAGAAGACAUCGAAAAUACUAACACUGCAGCCAAAAAAAAUUACAACAUUGAUUGGUCCAUCAAGAAAAACAACAAAAAAAUACAAAUUGUUUUUUACCUGCAUGUUUUUGGGCAAAUGCUUGCACAGGUUCUAAUGCUUGUAGCUGUUGGAGCAAAGAUAGCGUAUGAAAACAGAAAUUACAACAGAAAUGGUAAUAUUCCUGAGAGUACUUCCUAUCUAUGGUACAUGCUAAUUGCUGCCUAUUUUCUCCCCUUUUGUGGUCUCGGAACGUUCUUCAUUGUAAACAACUAUUGGGUACAGCAGUUUUUGAUCGGUCUUUGCAUUGAUUUUGUGAAAGUUCUUCAAAUCGGAGAAGAAGAUAAGAACUCCAUUGAGGAAGAAGAGAGAGCUAGCGAAAUAAUUUGCAAGUUUGUACGAAUGAAAAACAAUCAAUUAGAAAACGAGUAUCAAGCCAUGCGAAAAAAGAAUAUCUGUGACAAAUUUUUAUACCCUUUUCAGAGUCCUGGUCUUGUCUUUAUUUGUAUGGCCUACUUCGGAGCACAGCUUGCUUUUGUGAUUUGCAGUGCUUUCACGUUGAAUGACAUGAGCAAACUUGACCUGGUUUUUCUUAAUGGUGGAGAUUAUUGUGUUGGUUGGUGCAUUUAUGUUUUUGUGGCUGGUAUUGUCGGGGUGCUAAUCAACAUCUACUCGUUUUUGGUUGCCGGGAUAUGGAUUUUCAUUAUCGGCAUGGUUAUCGCUGGGAUCAUGGUGCUUAUUGGAUGCUGUAUUUGCUUGUUUUUUUGUGCCGCCUCAGACAGCUAAGAAUUAGUUUUGAGUGGUGUAGUACAAUGUAUAGCUUUAGUAAAGUCAUACAAUCAUGUAGAUAUCUAUAACAAGCAAUUGUUUUACAGGACAAUUCUGUGGUAGAUAUAACUACUCGGAACUAUAGUGUAGUAGCGACAUAGUGCAUGUGUUCACAAUAUUUUUUUAGUUGUAUAAUAAACCCAAGCACAGUAUUGAUGUGUUAAUCUGUGGUUUAGUCAUUUUGAUAGACUGUUUUUUUGUAUAGCUAGACGGCAAUAUUUUCGAGCGAAAUUUGGAUUAGACGGUACACAG